CCGGUACUUGUUGUGGGAGGGUUAUGUCGCCGCUUCUCCGCGUGAUUUGUUAUUUUUUCGUUGUCUUCUUAACCUCCCCCGCAAUGAAUGACUGGAAGUUUAUUUGAUAUCGAAUCCUACCUUCAAAACCGCCAAAAUGCUCCAGGUGUUGUCGUUUACACUUCUGUUUACUCAAUGUUUGUCAGCUCUUCACUCAAGCACCAGGAUAACAGAUUCUGAAGACUCGAUACCGAAACACGGAAAAUGCCAGACAAUAACAAUUCCUUUUUGCAACAAUAUUCCUUACAACGAAACGUAUUUUCCGAACAUUUUGGGCCAUCUGACGCAAGAAGAAGCGGGAAUGGAAGUGCACCAAUAUUUCCCUUUGCUGAAGAUCAACUGCAGUGUGGAUUUACAGUUUUUCUUGUGUUCGGUGUUUGCCCCAGUGUGUACAAUCUUAGACCGGCCUUUGCCCCCUUGCAGAUCGCUCUGCCUCUCGGCGAGACUCGGUUGUGAAGGCCUCAUGAACCAGUUUGACUUUCGAUGGCCCGACUUCCUAAACUGUGAUAUUUUCCCGGAAAAUCCGGACAACAACAUACCUGAUCCAGAUCAACUGUGCGUUGGACAAAACAAAAUGACAGUGAAUACAACAAGUGCCAUAGAGAAUUCCCACAGUCAUAAACAAAAGAAUAAGACGCCCUAUCACGGAAAAGAUUUCGGAUUUGUGUGUCCCGAGCAAUUCAAAGUGCCAGAUGUGUUGGAAUACUCCUUUAAAGUUGGCAACAAAGUGGAAAGGAAUUGCGGGGCCCCUUGCCACAUGAUGUUUUUCGAAACAAAGAGGCCCUUUGCUAAAAUUUGGAUUGGUACCUGGGCCUUUCUGUGCUUAGUGAGCUGUUUGUUUACCGUGUGCACCUUCCUGAUAGACACCAACAGGUUCCGCUACCCCGAGCGCCCUAUUAUAUUCCUUUCCGUGUGUUAUAUGAUGGUGGCAGUGGCGUACGUGAUGGGUUUUUUAGCGGGGGACUCGAUCGCGUGCAGGGAACCGUAUCCCUCCAAGCAAAAUGUGAAAACGGAAAGUACUAUCACGCAAGGGACUAAGAACGAGCUGUGCACGAUACUCUUCAUGACGCUGUAUUUCUUCAGUAUGGCCUCAAGUAUCUGGUGGGUAGUAUUGACGUUAACGUGGUUCUUGGCUGCUGGCCUAAAAUGGGGCCAUGAAGCCAUAGAGGCCAAUUCUCAAUACUUCCACUUGGCUGCUUGGGCCAUUCCCGCAAUCAAGACCAUCAGCAUUCUGGCCAUGGGCAAAGUUGACGGUAAGUUAAAAUAGUUAUAAAAUAUGCCAAUAAGUACACAUUAAACCUCAUAAAAAUGAAAUUGUUUUAAUUACUUGGG